CGCAGCUUUAAUCGCGUUCCUCGGGAUCAUAAACGCUGCAACGUAUAUAACCGAUGCUCGGCGAAUCUGUUCGGCCAAUCGUGAUCUAAGUCUCGACCAGAACGGAAAACCACUGCGAACACAGCCACUGAAACGUCAGCCGCCAUGUGGACCGCACUCUUGUUACUGUUUUUAAUCUCGUCGUUCGAUAUCGGCGCAACGAGGAAACCGUUGCAAACGGAGACUUCCGUUGCUCAAUCGGAUUCUUCCGACUCGAGUCUUGAGAGCGUAGAGCAUGGAGCGCGACUCCCAAGAAAAUUCCGCGGCAACAGCCGUACCAGGCGACUGCACAUCGAAAAUCAAACUACUGGAUUCGAUGGGAAAGUGGAGAAGAUUAAUAUCAAUUCCGAGGAGGAUCUUGCUAAAAUUCGAGCGUACGCAUUAAGGAACACGAAACUGAGGAAUAACGGUCACAUUCGAACGAUGCCACAGAUGAAUACCGAGGGGGACACUGAAUUCGGGCCAAGAGUCGCUCGAGCGAUCGAGGCGUACGGCAAAUCUAAAGAGCACCUCGAGACCAACGGGGAAAUCGAAGAGUGGAGAGAUCAAGCACUCAUCACGAGACACCCGGAACGAAGAGGUGUGGGACUCAGAGUAACGAGAUCGAUUGAGACAGGGCAGCCGGAAGUAUCGGCGAAGAACACGGAGGACUUAGAGGCUCAGGACGCGAAGGUAUUCAGACCACUGUUCGUUUACAGGCAACAAUUGGCGAAGAGGCAAAAUCGCGGCGACAGGUUUAUGAUUACUAAAUAUCCGUACCUUGCUGCUCCCCGUCUGCCAGGCUACUGAAAACCUUUCACCCGAUGACGCAUGCGUCUUUAAUUGCAUGUAAUGAUCGUCAAAAAUCCUUUAGAUGUCGACGAGGAACGAUUUAACGACGCGACAAUUCCUCUUUGUGCCGUAACCAAUUCCCAAAUCGAUUAUCGUGGCAAUUAAGCCACCGAUUUUUAUGCGAAUUCUCGUUUUCUCUCUUCUUUAUUCAUCGUUUCCUUCGAAUUGAUAGAAACAAAAACUUAGAUUACCAAAGACGACAGAAAUUCGCGAACAUAAAAAUAAGGUUUUAAAUAUUUAUGUUUGCUUCCUCUUGAAUUCAAGGCUAAAGCUUUCCGUUUGUCUUCGACAUUUUGCGCCAUUUUUGUCAAUUACAAGUAUAAAAAUUUGUGUGCAGUUCAAAUAAGGAGUAACUGACGAUCAAUCGCAACGACCGAUACCAAAAAGUAUUUUAGAGUUACUUAGGAGGUGAUUGUGUCCCGAAUUUAUAGUUUUCGAGAGUAUUCAGAGGAAGCAAAGUGUGCACACUUUGAUUAACAAUUAAAUUUGCAUCGCUUCGUUUAUUGGAAAUUUAGGAAAUUUAGAUUUAUGAAAGUGAAUAAAAGUUACCAAAUUGUGAAUAAUGAAAGUGUGGACACAUUUUUGUUAAUGCAAGUGAUUAACAGUCGGUCACAAAAAUCUUCAGACACGCUAUAAAUAAGAAAUAUUAUGAAAGGUUUUAUUUAUAAGAGCUUUUAUAACACAUUUUGGCAGAUAAUGUACUCAGAUCUUUAAUUUGUUUCAAUUAGUUAAAAGUAUGAAGAUUGAUGCAUUUAGGACUUUCAUGGCCGACUAUAGCUCGAUCAGUACUUAAUAUACUGAAUAGAAUAAAUAGUAUGUAAGUGAGAAAUAAAUGUUUUAUGUGAACGAGGA